AUGCAUCACAUCAAAUCUGAUGCGCGCAAGCAUGCAUACGCUGAUAGCAGGAACCCUUUUGGUAGAUGGAAUCCAAAUCGUCAACAAUCCAGCAACCAGAUCGCUAGAGCUGAGGAAGGCUUUGGUAGAAUAAGAUCCACUCCACAGAAUUUCACACCAGGAUCUAGGGGCAAUACAGAAAACGGCAAGCAGGCCCUGCGCGACUUUCAAACAGAUCCAUCCGCCACGUCGCGACAAAGAGGUGUCGAGCCAGGAGAUGCCGAGAAGGACUUGAACAGGGUCGACAGCCCCUUACCCUACGACGAUGCCAUUGCUGAGGACAAGGCACCCUACGAAGGCGAUCGUAGUUCAAGCACUGAGGUACCUUCAAGAGAAGAAGCAGAGUCUUCUGGGUAUCAUGCGCAGAACGAAGGUACCGAAAAGGCACGUCAUCAUGCUUUGAAUCUGUUUUCGCACAAGAAGAAGGUCAAUGUCGACGACAAUAAUGGAAAAGUGAAAGAAAAGGACAAAUACAAUUUCACAUUUUGGGGGCAAUUCAGAGCAGUCGUCUUUGGCUCAUGGAUUAACGUUCUGCUUAUAUUCUCUCCUAUCGGUAUAGCACUACAUUUCGCCCAUGCGAACGACAUUGCUAUCUUUGUGGUUAACUUCAUCGCGAUUAUACCUUUGGCAGGAACACUCAGUUACGCAACUGAAGAGAUUGCGCUCAGGACAGGAGAAGUCCUAGGAGGUCUACUCAACGCCACGUUCGGAAAUGCUGUCGAACUUAUUGUUUCCAUUAUCGCCUUGUUUCAAAAUCAGUUCUUGAUCGUGCAGACCUCGCUCCUCGGAUCCAUGCUGUCCAACCUACUUCUAGUCCUGGGUAUGGCCUUCUUCCUCGGCGGCAUCAACAGGUUCGAACAGUCUUUCAACACCACGGUCGCACAGACUGCAGCUUCCCUACUCUUCUUGGCAGUCGCGAGUCUCAUCAUCCCCACGACUUUUGAAGCCUGGGCACAAACAGGUUCAGCCGACCGAACUAGCUCCGAACAGGCCAUCGUCACUGGUGUACCUCAACUGUCGCACGCGACUGCUAUUAUCUUGCUGCUUAUCUAUGGAGCAUACUUAUUCUUCCAGCUUAAGUCGCACGUAUCCUACUACACUGCACCAAGUCAGAAGAACAAGACCCGAUUCACCGAGCAGCAAAAGGAAGGCUGGAAGCAACGUACCGGUUUGAGAAAAGUACAAGCCAUCACUGGUCGAAAGAACACCAUGGACAUGGACCAACCUUUCAAUAUUCCCAUGGGUGGCGAGGAAGAAAAAGAGGACGACGAUCAACCCGAAACUCCCGCCAUCUCCCUCACCGUCGCCAUCAUAACCCUCGCCGCAAGCACUGUCCUCGUAGCCCUCAAUGCCGAAUUCCUAGUCGACUCCCUGAACUCGGUCACCUGCUCCAGCAACGGCAUCUCAAAAACCUUCGUCGGCCUGAUCCUCCUCCCCAUCGUCGGAAACGCAGCAGAGCACUUCACCGCCGUCUCCGUCGCCAUCAAGGACAAAAUGGACCUCUCGAUUGGUGUCGCAGUCGGCUCAUCCAUGCAGAUUGCUCUUCUCGUCCUACCUCUCGUCGUGAUCAUCGGCUGGAUGGCCGGCAAAGGAGACCAGAUGACUCUGUACUUCGAUGGUUUCCAGCUGGCGAUGUUGUUUGUGGCGAUUCUCCUGGUCAAUUACUUGAUUCAGGAUGGAAAGAGUCAUUGGUUGGAGGGAUUGCUGUUGAUGAUGUUGUAUAUGAUUAUUGCCGUGGCUGCGUGGUUCUAUCCAACUAGCUCUGAGGCUUCGGGUUGUGAGUAG